AUCGUUUAUCUUCAAUCCAUCGUUCAUAAAACAAUAUACCAUCUCUCCCCGUCUUCGUCUCUCUCUCUAGGUUUCUCUUCUUCUUUAUCUGGGUUCCUUUACAUUCAGGGUUAAACAUGGCGACUGCUUCAGUGGCAUUCAAAUCCAGGGAGGACCACCGGAAACAGCUGGAGUUGGAAGAAGCACGGAAGGCUGGCCUUGCUCCAGCUGAGGUUGAUGAGGAUGGAAAAGAAAUCAAUCCUCAUAUUCCUCAGUAUAUGUCAUCAGCACCUUGGUAUCUCAAUGCAGAGAGACCGAGCUUGAAACAUCAAAGGAAAUGGAAGUCAGAUCCCAACUAUACAAAAUCAUGGUACGACCGAGGGGCAAAAAUCUUUCAGGCUGAGAAGUUCAGAAAGGGUGCAUGCGAAAACUGUGGAGCUAUGACACAUACGGCUAAGGCUUGUAUGGAAAGGCCCCGGAAAGUGGGCGCCAAGUGGACAGACAAAAAUAUUGCACCAGAUGAGAAAAUCGAGACGUUUGAGUUGGAUUAUGAUGGCAAACGUGACCGAUGGAAUGGUUAUGAUGCGGCGAGCUAUGCUUAUGUCAUUGAGAGGUACGAAGCUAGGGACGAAGCUAGGAAGAAGUAUUUGAAAGAGCAACAGUUAAAAAAAUUAGAGGAGAAAAACAACCAGCAAAGUGGUGAGGAUGGAGUUAGUGAUGAUGAAGACAAUGAAGAUGCUCUAAAGGUUGAUGAAGCCAAGGUUGAUGAGAGCAAACAAAUGGAUUUUGCGAAGGUUGAGAAGCGUGUUCGUACUACAGGCGGUGGGAGUACAGGGACUGUUAGGAACCUGCGAAUUCGGGAGGACACAGCAAAAUAUUUGCUAAAUCUUGACGUCAAUUCUGCCCAUUAUGAUCCGAAGACCAGGUCUAUGCGUGAGGAUCCUCUUCCAGACAUGGAUCCGAAUGAGAAGUUCUAUGCUGGUGAUAAUCAAAAUAGAUUAAGCGGUCAAGCACUAGAAUUCAAACAACUCAAUAUCCAUGCUUGGGAAGCCUUUGAUAAGGGACAUGAUAUGCACAUGCAAGCAGCACCCUCCCAAGCUGAAUUACUUUACAAGAACUAUAAAGUCAACAAGGAGACAUUGAAGGGGCAGGUGAAGGAAACCAUAAUGGAGAAAUAUGGGAAUGCAGCUGCCGAAGAACAGCUUCCUAAAGAACUUCUGCUUGGACAAAGUGAAAAGGAGGUUGAAUAUGAUCGUGCCGGUAGGAUUAUCAAGGGCCAGGAGACUUCCCUUCCGAAAAGCAAGUAUGAGGAAGAUGUUUACAUUAACAACCACACUAGUGUGUGGGGUUCGUGGUGGAAGGAUCAUCAAUGGGGCUACAAGUGCUGUAAGCAGAUUAUCCGAAACAGUUACUGUACAGGGGCCGCUGGAAUUGAAGCUGCUGAUGCUGCAACAGAUCUAAUGAGGGCAAAUAUUGCUCGUAAAGAGGCAACUGAAGAUAUACCUGCACCGACCGAGGAGAAGAGGAUUGCUACCUGGGGAACUGACAUACCAGAUGAUUUGGUUUUAGACCAAAAAUUACUUACUGAAGCAUUAAAGAAGGAGGAUGAAAGAAAGAGAGAAGAGAAGGAUGAAAGAAAGCGCAAAUACAAUGUUAGAUGGAAUGAUGAGGUUACUCAGGAGGAGAUGGAGGCAUAUAGGAUGAAGAAAGUCCAUCACAAUGAUCCAAUGAAGGAUUUCUUGAACUAAGCUCAGCAGCAGAUUCCAAAACUUGCAAGUUUCUUUUUACUGGAAGCUGGAUUUAGUUGUGUUGGCAGUUGUUCCUCAAUAGUGCAAGCUCACCUUUAUAUGAUUUCACUGUGAAAUUGAAGAAAAAAUGUCUGAGUGGUGGCACUUUAUGUAUGUAGCACAGUAUGACUGAUUUGUUAUUGGUUGGGAAGGACCAAAAAGUUAUGUUGUACAUGUUGAUAUUUGGUGUGUGUUUUUGCUGUAACUAUCCAAAUUGAUGCACAUUAUAGUUUAGCAGUUGUAGUUAUGGCAAAUAAACUUGCUUCUUGCAACAAGUUUCAAUUUAUGUCAUAAUGUCGAGCAAUUUUUUUCUUAAAA